AUGCAGCGGGAAGGGGAUAAGAUAUAUCUUGACUUCUUGAAUAAGAGUAGGAAGCUUGUUUUCCGGAUUACUAGCAAGUAUGACUUGAGAAGGAUCAGGGAGUUGUUAGGAGGGCAUAUUUUAUCUAGCCUUGGAUCACAAAGCGAAGAGUCUAUGGGGUUUGUCGAAGAGGUUGUUACUUUCACUGAAGGCAUCUGUGAGUAUACGAAGUUUAUUUCUGGAAGUAAGAAGGUAUAUACCUUGGUUCUUAAGAAUUCUGUGCAAGCAGAAUUGGAUGAACAAGAGAGAAUGGUACAGAAGGCACUGAAUGUUUUAAGUAAAAACACUAAGGAAAACAAGAUCGACUUAGUUGAUGGGGCAGGGAGAUUUGAGAAAAGAUUGUCAAAGAUAUUUCUGGAGAGAUCUGCUGCUUCAAAGGAGGGAAAGGGUCUUGUAUACAAAUGCAUUGGAAAGGUGCUUGGAGGAUUUGGGUCUUCUGAUGCAGAAAUCUAUGAUGUGUACAAUUCUAAGGUGAAGGCAUUGAAGUACUCUAUCGAGUUUAUCUCCACAUUGUUUGAAACCAGCGACUAUCUUAUCGGAAAGCCUGAGGCUAUGAACAUUACUCCCAGAAAUAACCAGAACUGGGAUGAGGAUCACUAA